AUGGUACCGUUAUUUUGUGUUGUAAUUGCAGGAUUAUGUGGGUUAGUGGUAUCGGCCCCUGCACCCGAAGAAACUGAGUUUUAUACAACGAAAUAUGACCAUGUAGACGUAGAGAUGAUACUUAAUAAUAGGAGGUUGGUUAACUAUUAUACUGCUUGCAUGUUGAGCCAAGGACCGUGUCCUCCGGAAGGAUUGGAACUUAAAAGUAAGUGUGUUUAA